AUUUCCAUCAUUUCUGUCUACACGACCAGUGGAAUAAAGCUGCAGCUAGCUCAUAAUAACAGAGGAAACAGAGCAACAACAGAACCAAGAUGAUGAAGCCGCUACGAGUAGUCAUCAUCACAACAGUUGUAGCCUUCUUCGUCAUCAUCUCCAACGCCCAGCCCUUGCCGCCGGCCAGGCCCGAUGGGUUCGUCUACACGAACGUCGGGCCGGUUGACCCGAACCCGGUUGCGAUCGAGGCGUUCCUCGACCCGGUUUGCCCCGACAGCAGAGACUCCUGGGCGCCUCUCAAGCUAGCUUUGAGCCACUAUGGCUCCCGCGUCUCCCUGCUAGUUCACCUCCUCCCUUUACCGUACCAUGACAACGCCUACGUUGCUUCUAGAUCUCUGCAUAUCGCAAACUUGCUCAAUUCUUCUUCCACGUUCCCGUUGCUCGAGCAGUUCUUCAAGUAUCAGGACAAGUUCUAUAAUGACCAAACGAAGAACUUGUCGAAAGCUUUCAUUGUGAAAGAGGUGAUUGAUUUUGCGACUAUUGCUGUCGGCAAUUCCCUCCAACCUCAAUUCCAAGCUGCCUUCAGCGACAUAAGAACCGAUCUGAAGACGAGGGUGUCCUUUAAGUUUAGUACAUCAAGAGGCAUCUAUGGAACUCCUGGUUUCAUAGUGAAUGGGUUUGUGUUGCCCGGCGUUGGCUCUCCCAUUGACUACAAUGGCUGGCGGAAGAUCAUAGACCCAUUGGUCGCCAUGAAGAGGAUGUAGGGCAAAUUUGGAUUCAAAUGAACUUGUUACGAGUGUUUAAUCAAAUCGAAGGGAUCGUGUUGUUGAUAUGACAGGAAAUUGAAUGAAACUACCAUUCAACUUGAGUCUAUAUUGGUACCCUGCAAAUUAUGUUACUGGAAGUCUUUGUAAGAGAUGGAUGAUUUCGACUAGUUCUUCUGCAACUGUCUUAUACAAAGUCAAAUUUAUGUAUAAAAAAAAAUGUUUUAGUCGAUGAUAUUGAAAAUUGAUUGAAUUCUUCUUAUUUGUACUGGAAACUAAAAAAUGAUCACAAUCAUUUUCUUUUGCUGCCACUGGGAAAGCUACAACAGUAAUUUAAUAAUCAUAUGUUAAAAUGAGCAAGUAUAAUAUUACAUUGAGCCGCGAAAAAAUGAUUUGAUCUGAGUAGGUGGGAGGUUUUGUACGCCCCAACAUGUGUUCUGUAUUUCGUAUUUGUUCCAGCUGGCUCAGCUUAUUCAUGGUUUAACGAUUGUCAUCUAUAGAAGGUAAGGUACAAAGAGAUUUUAUUAUGUUACGAUAUUU